ACAAACAUGAGCUUCCGGGCACACUCGCAUAGUAAACUUUGGGAAGAAAAAAAUUUUUAGCAGCUUGACAGAAAAGAGCAUGAGUGAGGCGGGAAGUUUUUAUACCACCGUGGAUAUAGAAGGCAAUCACCUUCAUGCAUUAUCAGCAAUUCCUAUGAAUGAUGAACUAGCUGAGGCUGAACGAGAUGUUCUUAAAGAAUUUGUUGAACUAUGUCCACUUGAUGGAAAACAUCAAAGCAAGCGAAAGCUUCAAGGAAAACUGGCUACGGGGAAAAGAAUGAAAAAACUCAAGAGGGAGCAACAACCUCCCAAAGAAUUUAAAAGAAUUUCUUGUAAAUGUUGGUUUCACUGUGAUAAAAUCCCUGAAGAUGCUCUACGAAAAGUUUUUGAACAGUUUACUAAAAUGAAAACCUGGAAUGAACAAAGUGUUUUCAUUUCAUCUCUGAUUUGUGAGGGUCCUGUCAUGAACCACCGCUGUUCAGAUUUAGACAAGCGUCGCACUAAGAGCAUGAAGUACUACCUUGGGGACUACCAGGUCUGCAAGAAGGUGUUUGCCACAACUCUUGGUAUUACCAUGUCUAGGAUAUCAUACCUGAUUGAUGUCAAGAAAAAAGAUGGUAUUGUAUUUCCAGACAAACGUGGAAAAAAAAUCCCUGCAAAUAAAAAGUUGAAGAAUAUGAAGAAAAAUUCAUCAUUUUCUCAUGGUGUGGUGGAACGUUCAAGCAAUGCAUCCAGUGGAGUAGCUAGUACAGUUGCAUCUGCAUCAGGGCUGCGUACAUCUUCUGAUGAUUACAAUACUCCAUGUGGAACGGUCUUUGCUCCUGGAAUGUAUCAUUUGCUUGACCCAAAGUCUGGCAUGGAGACAAUGAUGGCCAUGGCACCAAAAAUAGAGCAGGAAGUAGAUAAUGAAGAUAGCAUUGACCCAGGCAGUUUUAGGAAACUCCUGCGACAGAGAGGAUUGUCCUAUGUAUCACGACAAGGCAAGCUUGUUCCACCAGCAACGUUCAAGUAUGAGAGAUGCUACUGCACAAAUGAGUGCCACACACUUCCUGAGGAGGAUAGACAAGAAAUUUUUGAGAAUUUCUGGCUUUUGGGAAGCUGGGAUGUGCAGAGCGCCUUUCUUCGUUCUCACAUGGUUGAAGUGCCAGUGAAAGACAACCCUAAGACAGCAGCCAAGAAGCGCCGCACACGCGUGGUCCACUAUUACCUCAAGGAUACACGGGUCUGCAAGAAGACGUUUGCUAACACGCUCUGCGUCACACAAAGCCGCUUGGAUUACCUUCUCACUGCUAAGUCCGCUCCUUGUGGUUCCCUCAUUCAAGAUAUGAGAGGACGCAAAGUUCCUGGCAAUAAAAUUCCUGAUAUAACUUACACUAAAAUAUACGAAUUCCUCUCAAAAUUUCCCAAGUACAAAUCAAUGCAUUCGAGGGAUAAGGUGUUUUUUCAUUCAGAUCUCACAAAGAAAGAGCUGCAUCAAAGGUUUUGUGAAGAAUAUCCUCAAAAUUCCAUAAGUAUGUUCAUUUUUCGCCAAGCACUCAAGAGGUACAAUAUUGAAAUAUAUUCAUUUGACAGUGACAGCUGCUCCAAGUGUGAUAAAUUCAGCAAUACGCGUAAAGCCAGUAUUUCUUUUGAAGAGCGAGUGCUACUUGCUGAAGAGUCUCAUUAUCAUGAGCAGAAAACAACCGAGGCCCGAACUGCUCUCAAAAAAUGCGAAACUAUAGCUCGCUCUGAUCCACGGCAUUUAUGUUUCACUUUUUCCUUAGGUAAAACUCAAUGCUUGCCUCAUUUAAGCGUGCCGAUCGCCGUGUGUAAACGAAGGAUGUGGCUCUUUAACCUCGGAAUAAACGACCGACGAGAUAACUCUUCAUACAUUUCCAUGUGGUCAGAAGUGGAUGGGAGAUGUGGCUGUGAUGAAGUCGCUUCAUCACUUUUAGAAUAUCUCAAUCGCCGACCCUUAAACAGCUAUUCUGCCAUCAGCUCGUUCUCUGACAGUUUUGGAGGUUCAAACUGGAAGAAAACAUUUAUUGCUCUUCUAAUGUAUGUGUGCGGAACAAGCUCCAUCGAGUCGUGGACUCACACAUUUCUAGAGUCUGGUCACAAUCUCCUUCCAAAUGAUGCUGAUUUUGCAAAAAUUGAGAAGAGCAAGAAGCUUAAGGAAAAUAUUUAUGAUUACGACCAUUGGACACUAAACAUGAUGGAGUGCCGAUUCAACGUUCUCCACAUGAAGGGUCGGUUCCUGAAGGUUUCUCAGCUGUGCAACCUUCACUCAUUCCGAGAAGUUGACUGCUAUGGCGAAGCGUUCACAUGGCCAGAGGUCAAGUGGCUGAGAGUGAGUCGUGCUAGUACAGUUAUAGAAUUUAAGACGUCCUUAGUGCCCGAACAUCCAAGUCGGUGGGUGGAUCUUGGCAAGGCGCUUCCUAAUGAACGGGUCGGGGCUCUCGAGAAGCUCCACUUGCAGCCUAUCAAAAUAUCAAAGGAAAAAUACAUGGAUAUUCUCAGUCUAGGUGAAUACCUACCCACUCCUUCGUACAAUUAUUACAAGAAUGUUCCUCACAAGGACAGGGAUGGAGGAGUCGAGCAUUUUCCAGGAGAGGAAAUUAGAGCGUAGGAAAGUGUUCAAAUCAUUGAUUUAGUACUGUUUUCUGUGAUAUAUCAUUCUAAUUUCCUCUUUAUUUGAACCUCAGGCACACUAACAUGACAUGUUUGAACCUUUAAUUGCGAUUGACUUGCACGAUCAGCUAAUAGCGCCAGGUUUGUAUGACGUGUAAUUGCAAAACCGGACCAAUGAAUGGACUAAAUGUUAACGAUGUCUUUCAAGCAUCAAGUUGUAAUAUGCUUUAAAUGUAUUAUUUAUGUUUUUAUGUAAAUUAAGUUAUUGUUUAGAUAAUUCUAUGUCUAACUUUUUUAACUUUCCUUCCAUUAUUUUACUAGGGCAGGACCGCGAGAAUCCCUCCGUGUCAUAUUAAUUUUAUCGGGAUACUCACUUGCAGUCAAAUCAUUUACUUACUAUAUGCCGGAUAACGCCGCUAUUCUCUGCAUUUUUUCCGUCAGCUACUGUUGGUCACAAUUUCCACAAACAUGGUUAUUUCGUCGGCUACUGUGGGUCACAAACAUGAUUUUUCCUUCGGCUACUGUCGGUAACAAACAUGAUUUUUCCGUCGGCUACUGUCGGUAACAAACGUGAUUUUUCCGUCGGCUACUGUCGGUAACAAACAUUGUUUUCCGUCA